AUGAGUUACAAUUUAGCCACAUGGAAUGUGAGCCAAUCCAAAGGAUUCGCACAAUUUCUUCAUCAACAAGAUGUUGUAGUAUUACAAGAAGCGAACCCUGCCAGUCGUAAGGAAAUUACCCAAGCUGGAUUUAAAUUUAUCGUCGGUCAGCGGUCACAUUGCGGUGAGACACAUAUCUAUGUUCGACAAGGCAUGAUGGCUCAUCCGUUUGGAGAUGAGUGGCCACAUGGUACUGCUUGCGCUCUGAUCGAUGAUCGCUGGCUAAUUUGUGGUGUUCAUUGGCCACCAUUUAAGGAGAGUAAAUCUCUAAGAUCGAAAUGUGCUAACUGGGUUAUGGCAAAGUUGCGUAAUCAUGAGUAUGUUGUCGUUGCUGGUGACACAAAUAUGAGAAAUGAUGAAAAUGUUUCUGAAUUAGAUGACACUUUUCUGACCGCUGGCCAACCUGCUGACCAUCGCUUUACCAUGGACGGCUACGAAAAUAAAGGUUGGUGGGUAGAUCGCCCUUUUAAAUGGAAAUGUCGAUAUGAUCGUGUCUAUCUCCGUAACAACGAAUGGUUGUUAAAGGAUUUCCGUGUCGAUAAAGGCAAUUUUAUUUCCGACCAUUAUUGCUUGAAAGUGCAACUUCAAAUGAAACAAGUUUAA